GCAGAGGAGGAAACAGUGAAGCUAACGUCAGACCCCGCUCCUCCGCUCCCCGCAGUGUUUAGUGUUGACUAGUAUUUAUUCUAUUUAUUCUCGGGUCCUGGUCCUGGUCCUGGAGCUAAGGGGGAUGGUGUCUCCUCCUGAAGCCGGAUAAUCAGACUCAGAGUCCGGCGGCAGCUGGACCGAUCACAGCCGGGAUCACUGGGUCGCAGCUCGGCCUCUGUGGAGGAUUUUAUCGGGGUGUUUGUUGAUAUUCCUGGGGCGUGUUUGAGGAGGUUCGCCCCGGCCCGGAGGUGGACUGUGCCGGCUUUGGGUGCGCUCGGUCCUGGAUGCCCCGGAGGCCCGGAGGAGCUGAGACCGCGGAGCCCCGGAGCAGGGCUCGGACACCGGGGGAGUAGAGGAGGAGUUCGUCUGUCUGUCUGUCGAGCCACCGGCCCCUCCCACCAUGAACCCCCUGAACCAGAUGAAGGCCGGACUCUCCAAUAACCCUCACAGUGAGGGCUCAUACCCCUAUGACCCCUCCAGCUGGCAGCAGCAGACCAAUCAGCCGACAGGAUCUCUCUCCGUGGUGACCACCGUCUGGGGAGUGACCAACCCCUCCGCCAGCCAGGGUAUGGGAGGAGGUGUGAUGGGCCCCGGGUCCAACCCUGGCGGUGGGCCCAUGAUGCAGGGCCCUGGGGGUCCGGGUAUGGCGGGCGGUCCUGGAGGCUACAUGGGUCAGCAGGGCUACGGAGAGCCCAGCAAAGGCUACAUGAACCAGGGCAUGUACGGCCGCAACACCGGGGGCUACGCCGGGGGGCCGGGGGGCUACAGCGGCAGCUACCCGUCGAACCCCGGUGGCUCCAGAGGUUCUGCUGACUUCACUCAGGCCGCCGCUGCCGCCGCCGUUGCUGCUGCUGCUGCCACGGCAACCGCCACCGCCACGGCAACCGUCGCCGCCAUUCAGGAGAAACAGAACCAGGAGAUGAACUACAGCCAGAUGGGCGGCCCCGCCUACAACAACCAGUUCAUGACCCACUCUGGGCCCCGUGGCCCCCCCGGCAUGGCCCCCGGAGGAAUGGGCCCUGGGCCUGGACCCACCAGGGGCCCGCCCUCCAUGGGCUCCAUGUACGGACCUGGAGGAGGCCCCCAGAGGGUCCCUCAGCACCCAAACUACGGCCCCGGGCCCCAGCAGGGACACCUUAGGCCCCCACAGGGCCUCAAACGGCCCUACAACUCUGAGUCUUUCCCGGGAAUGUCUCAGCAGUACGGCGUUCCCGUCGGUCCCAGUGUCAACGUCAUGUCUGGUCCUGGUGGUGCCGGAGGUCCCAUCCCGGGUUCAGGGGGAGGCGGGCACGGGGGACACGGGGGUCACGGGGGACACGGAGGUCACGGCGGCCCCGGCCCGUACUCCAACCCCAACAUGCAGUACCACCCAGGUCCCGGAGGUCCAGGCCCGGCCCCCCAGCGCUCAGGCUCCUCCCCCUCCUAUCAGACCCACAAGAUGCCCCUCCCACAGUACUCCCCCUCCGGACCCCCCAACCCACAGUACUACAAGCAGGAGCAGUUCAAUGGUCAGGGUGGAGGUUUGAACGCUCUGACAACAGGAGGAGCCGGAGGAGUUUACAACUCCUUCAACCAGCCGUCAGGGCCGGGUCGAGGGUUGCCAGGUUACCCGUCGUCCCCGGUGCCAGGUAACCCGACCCCCCCCAUCACGCCGAGCAGCUCCAUGGCUCCGCCCUAUAUGUCGCCGGGCAACAGUGACGUGAAGCCGCCGCCCUUCCUGCCGGACAUCAAACCCAACAUGGCGAACCUGCCGCCGCCACCGCCCACGGGUAACCCUAGUGACGACCUGCGGCUGACCUUCCCGGUGCGGGAUGGCGUGGUCCUAGAGCCCUUUAGAUUAGAGCACAACCUGGCCGUCAGUAACCACGUCUUCCAGCUGAGAGACUCCGUCUACAAAACCCUCAUCAUGAGGCCGGACCUGGAGCUCCAGUUUAAGUGUUACCACCACGAGGACCGACAGAUGAACACCAACUGGCCCGCCUCCGUCCAGGUCAGUGUGAAUGCGACUCCUCUCACCAUUGAGCGAGGCGACAACAAAACUUCCCACAAGCCUUUGUACCUGAAGCAGGUGUGUCAGCCGGGCAGGAACACCAUCCAGAUCACCGUCACCGCCUGCUGCUGCUCUCACCUGUUUGUCCUGCAGCUGGUGCACCGUCCGUCGGUUCGCUCGGUGCUUCAGGGUCUGAUGAAGAAGAGGCUGCUGCCUGCAGAGCACUGUGUCACCAAGAUAAAGAGGAACUUCAGCAGCGGUUCGAUCCCCGGGACUCCCGGGCUGAACGGCGAGGACGGUGUGGAGCAGACCGCCAUCAGAGUCUCGCUCAAGUGUCCCAUAACGUUCCGCCGCAUCCAGCUGCCCGCCAGAGGACAUGACUGCAGACACAUACAGUGUUUUGAUCUGGAGUCAUACCUGCAGCUGAACUGUGAGAGAGGAACGUGGAGAUGCCCCGUGUGCAAUAAAACAGCUCUGUUGGAGGGUCUGGAGGUGGAUCAGUACAUGCUGGGAAUCCUCAUCUACGUUCAGAACUCUGAGUAUGAGGAGAUCACCAUAGACCCGGUGUGCAGCUGGAAGCCAGUCCCGGUGAAGCCUGACAUCCAUGUGAAGGAGGAGUCUGAUGGUCCGGUGCUGAAGCGCUGCCGGACACUCAGCCCAAGUCACAUGGUCCUGCCCAGUGUCAUGGAGAUGAUCGCAUCACUAGGCCCCGCCCCCUCCUCGGGCGCAUCCUCCUCCCCGAUGCCCUACCCCCCCCUACCUACAGGGGGCAGCAAUAACAGCAGCACGCCGGACUACCCCGGGCCAGCUCCGUCCUACCCCAGCAAUCAGUCUGCAGCCUUCUCAGACUUCAGCGGUCCUGGGACUCCGGGGGUCGGGGGGGACUUCUCCUCCCCCGGUCCGCCCCCCCUCUCCUACCAGUCUGAGCUGUCCAGCGCCCUCCUCACCCCCGACAAGCCUCCCCCCCCUCACCCGCUGACGGGACAGAUGUCGGUCUCGGCUCGUCUGGACUCCACUUCCCAUGGUGCUCCUCUCUCGCAGCAGCAGUCGCAGGGUCUCCACGGCAACCAGAUGAUGCAGCGUAGCAACCAGAACGCCCGUCUCCAGGGCGACAGCUCCUUCGGCCUCGGUGGGACGGCAGACGUCCCAGAACCGUCUUUGGACCUGCUUCCUGAGCUAACCAACCCUGACGAGCUGCUGUCGUACCUCGGACCCCCGGACCUCCCCAACAACAACAACGACGACCUGCUGUCGCUGUUUGAGAACAACUGAACACACACACGCACACACACAGAAUCUAAACUGAACUUUACUGUAACAUACGAACUGUUUGUGUGGUCGCCCGCCACCUGACCGCCGGUCUGCACAGGACGGAGCCCCGCCCACACAGGACGGAGCCCCGCCCACACAGGACAGAGGCUCGCCCAUGAAUGACGGAGCCCCGCCCACAAUACUUUUAAAUAUAAACUCUUUGAUGUGUGACCAUGAUGGUAACUUUAUUUUAUGUUUUUUUUUUUUUUUUUUAUCCUGAUAUUUUGAUGUUUCAUCCUUCAUUCCCUGUUGGAGCCAACGGCCUCACUGCCACCACAUUGCUGCUGUAACGCACACACACACACACACACACACACACACACACACACACACACACACACACCCGUCACCGCUGAGCCAAUCAGCCGCCAGCUCCUCUGGAGGCUCUGAGAGUCUAAAUUUGAUCUAAAUCAUUUUUUCUCCGUGUUUAUGAUCCGACAGCAGGUGGAAAAUAUUCUGCAGGAUCAUUUUAUUGUUUUGAUGCUGUUGCUGAAGUUUUUGUUUUUUUCACUUGUGAAAACGACUGAAAACAUUUUUUUCAGGUAGUUAUUUCUAUAUAUACUUUUUUUCACAGCUGGGAACAAGAAAAAAUCACAAAUUUACAGCGGAAAAAAAAAUUAUAAAUUGACAAGGAAAAAAAUCACAAAUUUUUGUAGAAAAAAAAUCACAAAUUUACAAGAAAAAAAAUUUUGUAGAAAAAAAUCACAAAUUUAAGAGGAAACCAACACAUUUAUAAAAAAAAAAUCACAAAUGUAUGAUGAAAAAUAUCGCUGUUAACUGGUAUCAAAAAAAUAUUAAAAAAACAAUCACCUGCUAAAUAUUUUCUUCACCUGUUUUCACAAGUGACAAAAAAUGUUUUAAAAAUGGCAAAAUGUAAAAAAAAUAUGUGAGAUACAUCACCUGACAAAACAUUUUCUGCUGUUUUUACCAUGUAAAAAAUAUAUAGAAAAAUUUAUAAAAAAUGAUCCUACAAAUUUAUUUUCUGCCUGUUCUCAAAAGCAAAAAAAACUUUUAAAAAUAUAAUAGUUUCAGGUAAAACACAAGUAAAAACAAAUAUUACCUGGCAGAAGAAAAUCACAAACGGAACACUUUUCCCCUGUUUUUAACAUGUGAAAAUAUAUAUACAUUUUAGCUGUUAAAACCUUUUAUUUCACUUGUUUUCACAAUUGAGAAAAUUAUAUAUCUAUAAAUAAAAAAAGACAUUUUUUUCCGCUUGUGAAAAUGAGCAGGAAAAAAAGAUACAUUUUUUUCACUGAUUUUUACAAGUGGAGGAAACUUCCGGGAAAAAAAUACAAAAAUUAAUAUUUUUCAUAAGUUAAAGAAAAAAAGCAAAAAUAAAAAUUCCAGGUGAAACAAAAGUCGGGGAAAAAUGAUUUUAGCUGCACUUUUCAGGAGCUUGUUCUUCAUAAACACGGAGAGAAACGACUGAUGUAAAUUAAAUCUGGUUUUAUUCUCACAGUCCUCUCAGAGCUUCUGUUUGUUUCUGAGAGAUUCUGAGAGGUCAAAGUUCAGCGGUGACAGACGUUACAGAGCCGUGUGGUCUCAGAAAGAUUCUGAUCCAAAUGAGUUUAAAUGUAUAAAGAGUAGAAGACGAGCUUUAAGUUUCUCUCAGCCACAGAGACUCCACAACGAUUAUUCACUCUUUGAUAAUAACAGCUGAUCAUAACACGUUUAUAGAACAAGAACUCAAAUCAUCAUUUCAUCUGUUUUCAGUUUGAUACAGAGCAAUGUUAGAUAAUAAAUCCAUCUUUUAGUCUCUGAAAUGUAAAAAGUUAAACUGUUGAAAUGUUCUCUGUUCCACUGACAGUCCGACUCAAAGAUUCAGUUUAAUGUGAAAUAAAACAGAAAAUCUGACACUUUG